AUGUCUGUUGGAGUGAAAAGAAAGCUGUCUGAAACCUCAUCAGCCGCAAGAGAGCUCUACAGUGCGGUGUCUAAGGGGUUUUCUAAUCCUGUGGACGAAACCGGACUAUCUAAAUGUUUCCAUAAAGUGAAAUCCAGACUGUACCUUUCGCUUGCACCAUGUCACAUCAACUCACCAAUUGACGGUAUCAAACAGCAACAUUUAGACCCCAUGUUAAUGACAUAUGUUCCCUUUGCUAAAGGAGUUCUUCUUGGGUACUUCAAUGUCCAGCUUUCCUCGGAGAAUGUGAUCGAAGAAGAAGACGGAACAGAAACAGCAGUGGCCAAGAUCUCUAAUGAUAACCCGUUCGCAUUUCUGUGGUGCACAGCCGACCUGCUUGUGUGGAGACCCCAGAUCGGUGAUGUGGUCGAGGGUUGGUCAUAUAUGCAAUCUCAAUCUCACAUUGGUCUGUUGAUCAACGAUACAUUCAACGCGACGAUCAAGAAGGGAGGAAUCCCGCCAGGAUGGAGAUACAUACCGAACCAGGUGGAUGAAUAUAAUACCGAGAAUGAGAGCGAGAAAUUCGGCAAGUCUCUGGGCCAAUGGCUGGACGAGAACGAGGUGCCCGUCGAGGGAAAGAUCCGGUUUACAAUCAAGGCUCUGCACGCUGCAGGCAAGGUUGUUUCCGUUGAAGGGUCUCUGAUCAAGCCGGGGCUCGACAAGGACAGCCAGCCGGUUGUGAGAGACGGAAAACAUAGAAAGUUCGCUGAUGUCGAGGAGGUGACUGUUGACGACGAGGAGAACGGAGAAGAAAAAGACGAGGUUCCUCGCUACCAGCAGGACGACGAGGACGAGGAUGAGGAUGAGGACAACAAGGUUGUUGCUGGCGAUCUCAGUUCUGACGAGAGUGAUGUAGAAUAG